CUCUCUUUCCAUUCGGAAAAGCAGUAUAUACCCCUUUAUAUCCCUAGGAAACACCAAUUCUUUCUCUUUGCUUUUAUCUCCUGCUUCGCUGUUGAUUUUGUAACCCUGAUUUCUUCUUCUCAUUCUUCCCCUUUUCAGUUUACAAAAUACAUUCUAUAAUCUCAUUCUACCCAGAAAAAUUCAAAUUUAAUCGUAAGCAAAUCAACCCUGAAAAACAGGGUUGUAUGCUUUGUUUUGUUUCCUUUGAUAUCAGUUGUGUUGAUUGGAUUUGAUUGGAUUUGAUUUGAUUUGAGUUUUAGUUACCAAUCCUUUUCAAAUUGGUGGGUUUGUGAGAAGGAUUUCAUCUUGCAUUGUUAAUUACUUUGACAAUGGCAGAAACCAAGAAAUAUAUCACAUCUGAAGAACUGAAGAAACACAACAAAGCAGGGGAUCUAUGGAUUUCAAUCCAAGGAAAAGUUUACGAUGUUACAAAUUGGGCAAAGGAACAUCCAGGAGGAGACAUUCCUCUUUUAGCACUUGGAGGUAAAGAUGUAACAGAUGCAUUCAUCGCAUAUCAUCCAGGUACUACAUGGAAUAUGCUUAAUAAAUUUUUUAAUGGUUAUUAUUUGAAGGAUUUUGAAGUUUCUGAAAUGUCCAAAGAUUACAGGAAACUCCACAAUGAAUUAACUAAAAUGGGUUUAUUUGAUAGGAAAGGUCAUAUCGUGAUCUAUGCCUUUAUGUCAAUCUUUAUAUUGUUCACAUUAUCUGUUUAUGGAGUAAUUUGUUCUGAUAAUGUAUUUGUUCAUCUGGGUUGUGGUGCAUUACUGGGUAUGGCUUGGAUUCAAAGUGCUUAUUUAGGUCAUGAUUCUGGGCAUUAUCAGAUCAUGUCAUCUCCUGGGUAUAAUAAGGUUGCUCAGAUUCUUACUGGGAAUUGUCUUACUGGUAUUAGUAUGGCUUGGUGGAAAUGGACUCAUAAUACCCACCAUAUCACCUGUAAUAGUUUAGAUUAUGACCCAGAUCUACAACAUAUCCCAGUUUUUGCAGUUUCAUCUGAGUUUUUCUACAAUUUGAGAUCUUGUUUUUAUGGAAGGAAAAUGGAUUUUGACCUAAUUGCUAGGUUUUUGGUUAGUUAUCAGCAUUAUACAUAUUACCCAGUAAUGGUUGUUGCUAGGAUUAAUCUGUAUGUGCAGACUAUUCUGUUGUUGUUUAACCCUAACAGGAAUGUUCCCAAUAGGGUUCUUAACAUUAUUGGGAUUUUGGUGUUUUGGACUUGGUACCCACUCCUGAUAUCUUGUCUCCCUACUUGGGAAGAAAGGGUGUUUUUCGUGCUCUCGAGUUUCGUUGUGACCGCUUUCCAGCACAUUCAAUUCACCCUAAACCAUUUCUCAGCCAAUGUGUAUGUCGGUCAGCCUGAAGGGAACGAUUGGUUCGAGAAACAAACCAAUGGCUCGAUCGAUAUUGAUUGCCCGUCUUUCAUGGAUUGGUUGUUUGGCGGGUUACAGUUCCAGCUCGAGCAUCACUUGUUCCCUCGUUUGCCUCGUUGCAAUCUUAGGAGCAUUGCACCUGUGGUGAAGGAUCUAUGCAAGAAGCACAAUUUGCCUUACAGGAGUCUCUCGUUCUGGGAGGCUAACGUCUCGACUAUUAACACCCUUAGGGAAGCUGCCCUUCAAGCUCGGGAUCUCCCCAACCCGUUGGCUAAGAACCUCCUUUGGGAAGCUGUCAAUACCUAUGGUUGAUGAUGAUGAUGAUGCGAUUUCGAUCAAGUUUUGUUUUAUUUUUUUCGUUUUUUCAGGCUGACCUGAUCUGGAGCGAGCAUUCACUUAGAGGAUUGUUCAUUUAUCUGCUGUUGGAGCUCCUAGAUGAUUCUUGUAUUUAUUAGUUUUUACUAUGUAUUUUGAUUUACAAGAAAGAAAACAUUAUCAGAUUCUGUAUAAGUAGCAAAUAGAAAUGUCAUAUUGUCCUACAGAUUGUUACUCUGAAGGGCAUGUUUUCUCCUUUGUGGGAGUGGCAGAGUACAUCUAUCCUUUGCUUAGACUAUAACUAUGAUAUAAGAGAAAUUAUCUUCUAUGUUCCUCAAUA